AUGGCUCAAAAUUCACCUGGGCCUUUGCCGUUUGGGCCCGGUCGGGGACCACCUGGAGUAUGCCCGAGAGCUAACCUUGUGAGUCACCCGCAUCCCCAUUCUCACCCUCACCCCCACCCCCAUCCCCACCCUCACCCACAUCAUCCUCACCCACACCCGCAUCCCCAUGGACAUCCCCAUCCACACCCUCAUCCUCAUCCCCAUCCGCAUCCUCAUCCACCCAUGGUACCAGGUCAAGUAAGAAUGCCUAUGAUGCCUCAAUAUCCAAUUCCCCCUCCAAGAUUUGGGCCUCCAGGACAGCCAACUGGAGGAGACAGCAUUCCUCCGGAUGUACGUCAGUUAAAUGGGGGUGCAAGUAGUCCAAGUCGAUCCCCUGCAUCUCUUCCUCCAAUUCAUGAUGAAGGAAGUUCUGGAACUGAAGGCAAAAAGUGUGACUGGUCUGAACACAAAGCCCCAGAUGGAAGAACUUACUAUUACAAUUCUGUCACUAAAGAGAGUUUGUGGGAUAAACCCGAUGAGCUAAAAACUCCUGCUGAACUUCUUUUGUCACAGUGUCCGUGGAAGGAGUACAUGUCAGAUGCUGGUAAACCGUAUUAUCACAAUGUAGAAACAAAAGAGUCUCGAUGGACGCAACCAAAAGAACUUGAAGAAUUGAAGGCUCGCAUAGCAGCUGAAGAAGCAGCAAAAAUUCCUACUCCAGCACCUACAGUCUUUCCUUCUGGUGCAGCUGCUCAACUUCCUACGGCUCCUGCAGCCAGUCAGAACAGUCCCAGUAUUGUAUUGCCUCCUGAACCUGCUCCAUCUUCAACACCUGGACCUACAAGUGCUCCAAGUGAGCCAUCAACUACUCCUCUUCCUUCUUCUCCUGGAUCUAACACUCCAGUUUCAAAUAAAUCAGGAAGUGGAUCAGCAUUAGACAAAGCAAUGGCUGCCACAUUAGCUGCCCUGAGCAUUCCUGCACCCUCAACUCCUACAAAGACAGAAGAAGCACCUCCUGCUAAGGAACCAGCAUCAGGAAGCAACAGCAGUACUCCAGAAAGAAAGCUCACAUUCAAGGACAAAAAAGAAGCAAUUGAAGCCUUUAAAGACCUUUUACGUGAUCGAGAUGUACCCAGUAAUGCCACAUGGGAAAGUGCAUUAAAAUUAAUAGCGAAUGAUCCCAGAUACCCUGCCUUAAAAAAUUUAAAUGAAAAGAAGCAAGCAUUUAAUUCAUAUAAAACUCAGAAAUUGAAAGAAGAACGAGAGGAGCAGAGACAACGUGCUAAGAAGGCCAAGGAAGAUCUGGAGCAUUUCCUCAUGACUAAUGAAAAAAUGAAUUCAAAAACUAAGUAUUAUCGAUGUGAAGACUUAUUUGGUUCCCUAGAUGUUUGGAAAAAUGUAUCGGAGUCAGAUCGUAGGGAUAUAUACGAAGAUGUUGUAUUUAAUUUAGCAAAGAAAGAGAAAGAGGAUUCUAAAGCUUUAAAAAAACGGAAUAUGGAAGCCCUAGCAGAAAUAUUAGAUGCAAUGACCAAUAUAGUAUAUUGUACCACUUGGCAAGAGGCUCAGCAAAUGCUCUUGGAUAAUCAUGCAUUUGCUGGUGAUGCCAAUCUUUUAGGAAUGGACAAGGAAGAUGCCUUAAUUGUGUUUGAAAAGCAUAUUCGAGAAUUAGAGAAAGAAGAGGAAGCUGAGAAAGAGCGAGAGAAAAAACGCCAAAGGAGACAACAAAGAAAAAAUAGAGAUGCAUUUGUUCAUUUGUUGGAUGAGUUACAUGAACAAGGAAAACUCACGUCCAUGUCCCGCUGGGUAGAAUUAUAUCCAUUGAUCAGUGCUGAUCUAAGAUUUUCAGCAAUGUUGGGACAAGCAGCUGAUGUUUCAUUGGGCAUGCUUAGUUCUGGCUCAACACCUCUUGAUCUCUUUAAAUUUUAUGUAGAAGAUUUGAAAUCUCGUUUCCAUGAUGAAAAGAAAAUAAUUAAAGAAAUUCUGAAAGAAAAGGGUUUUGAAGUUCAAGUGAAUACCACUUUUGAAGAGUUUGCCACUGUAGUGUGUGAAGAUAGCAGAUCUGCUACAUUGGAUGCAGGCAAUGUGAAAUUAACAUUUAAUGCAUUUUUGGAAAAAGCGGAAGCAAGAGAAAGAGAACGUCUUAAGGAGGAUGCUAGACGUCUAAAAAAAUUGGAAGCAGGUUUCAAAACCUUGUUGAAAUCGUAUCAUAUAGACUACGCUACAAUAUGGGAUGAUAUACGGGGCAAAUUUGAAGGUCAGCCAGCAUUUGACGCUAUUACUUUAGAAUCAGAAAGAGUUAGAAUAUUUAAGGAAUAUCAACAUGAACUGGAAGAAGCUUGCAGUCAUCAUCAUUCCAGAUCAAAGAAAUCAAAGAAAAACAAGAAGAGAAAACGAUCAUCUCGUUCACGAUCAAGAUCACGUUCUGAUAGCGAUUCUGGUGAUGAUCAUCAUGGACGGAGCCAUUACCGUGAUAGAGAAAGAGGACGGGGAAGAAGUAGAGACGGCACGCGACACAGUCAUGCUAGGAAUCAUGGGAGUCGAUCAAGUAGUUCAGAUAGCCAGCAUUCUGGUUCAAAAAAAUCGAAGUCCUAUCAUAAAAAGAGCAAAAAGAAACGUGCCAGGAGUAGGUCUCGAUCUGCUACUAGAGCAUCAGACGAGGAACUAGACUUAAAAAACUCUAAUCAGAAGGGAAAAUCAAACCACUGGGAAAGCAGUGGCCAUGAAGGUCAUUCUCCAUUACACAUGAGCAAAUCAGACGAACAAGAAAUGAGCGAAGAUGAACUGGAAAGACACCGGUUAAUGCUACUCCAGCAGUUGCAACAAGAAAGUUGA